AUGGCAACCAUCACCUGCAACCGGUUUACAGAAGAAUAUCAGCUCUUCGAAGAGCUGGGGAAAGGUGCUUUCUCCAUUGUCAGAAGAUGUGUGAAAGUGUUGUCAGGACAAGAAUAUGCUGCCAAGAUAAUAAACACCAAAAAACUUUCUGCUCGCGAUCAUCAGAAGCUAGAACGAGAGGCUCGGAUCUGCCGCCUUCUGAAACAUCCUAACAUAGUGAGACUCCAUGACAGCAUAUCAGAAGAGGCACACCAUUAUUUGAUAUUUGACCUUGUAACUGGAGGGGAGCUGUUUGAAGAUAUUGUUGCCAGAGAAUACUAUAGUGAAGCAGAUGCCAGCCAUUGUAUUCAGCAGAUCCUAGAAGCUGUCUUGCAUUGUCAUCAGAUGGGUGUGGUGCAUCGGGAUUUAAAGCCAGAGAACCUCUUGCUGGCCUCCAAACUGAAGGGAGCUGCUGUUAAACUAGCUGACUUUGGUCUUGCUAUUGAAGUGGAAGGAGAACAGCAAGCCUGGUUUGGUUUUGCAGGCACUCCAGGUUACCUUUCUCCUGAAGUACUCCGGAAGGAUCCAUAUGGCAAAGCUGUUGACCUUUGGGCAUGUGGAGUUAUUCUGUAUAUUCUACUGGUUGGCUAUCCUCCUUUCUGGGAUGAGGAUCAACACCGAUUAUAUCAGCAGAUCAAAGCUGGAGCCUAUGAUUUUCCUUCUCCUGAGUGGGAUACCGUUACUCCUGAAGCAAAAGACCUCAUCAAUAAAAUGUUAACAAUCAACCCAUCCAAACGUAUCACAGCAGCAGAAGCUCUGAAGCAUCCAUGGAUAUCACACCGUUCCACUGUGGCUUCUUGCAUGCACAGACAGGAGACUGUUGACUGCUUGAAGAAAUUCAAUGCCAGAAGAAAGUUAAAGGGUGCAAUCCUCACUACAAUGCUAGCAACCCGUAAUUUUUCUGGAGGGAAAAGUGGUGGCAACAAGAAGAAUGAUGGUGUGAAGAAAAGAAAGUCCAGUUCCAGCGUUCAGUUAAUGGAAUCUUCAGAGAGUACAAAUACCACCAUUGAAGAUGAAGACACUAAAGUACGGAAACAGGAAAUCAUUAAGGUGACAGAGCAGCUGAUUGAAGCAAUAAGUAACGGGGACUUUGAGUCCUACACUAAAAUGUGUGACCCCGGAAUGACGGCAUUUGAACCAGAAGCUCUGGGGAACCUGGUGGAAGGGCUGGAUUUCCAUCGAUUCUACUUUGAAAACUUGUGGUCCAGGAACAGCAAGCCCGUGCACACAACCAUCCUGAAUCCACAUAUCCAUUUAAUGGGAGAUGAGUCUGCCUGCAUCGCUUACAUUCGUAUCACACAGUAUGUGGAUACAAGUGGGAUCCCACGCACUGCCCAGUCGGAGGAAACUCGAAUCUGGCACCGCCGGGAUGGCAAAUGGCAAAUUGUUCAUUUUCACAGAUCUGGAGCACCUUCAGUUUUACCACAGUACAAUAUGACCCUUUCCAUGCAAAGUAGAGCUGCGCCUAUUCAUUUGGCCGCUAUAGACGGCUGAAGCACCUGCCUUGCAGGCCAAGUUUCUCACUGCCUCACUACAAAAGGAAGAUACUUCUUAUCCUUUAUCUAGGGAACUUGGCAGCUGGCUCUCCUAUUUGUUUCUUGCUGGGAAUUCCUUUUACCCUCAGAACUCCUUAUCAAAAUAAACUGAGCAUUUAGUAGACUUUUCUCCUCCUGUUUCACCUGGUUCAUGUUUGCUAUUCUGUGCCAUCCUAAUAGAAGACGGCCUGUGUCAUGGCCCUAUUGCAGGAAACGGCUUUCUGUAGACAACAGGAAACCAACAUGGAAGAGGCUGAGUUAAAGCCUUCAUCAAAUAGAAAACCAGCACUUUCUGGCCUCAGACCCCCUGCCUCCCCAUCUCCUGGAAGUUGCAAGCUACAAAUAGCUGCUCCUCCUAAUGGGAGGUCAUACUAAUUGGAACAUCCAGACACCACAUGAAGAAGCCUCUCUGAGUCCAUGCCAGCAUUUUCAGUUGUACCUGGAACCAGAUGUCACAUGCUCCUAAAACCGGGAGGCAGGCAACUAACUUAUUAGGUGGCCAUACACAUCUAAUAAAUAAACAAAAUUAUUUGAUUUAAACUAUUACAUAAAUUCCAAACAACUUUCUAUUACUCGAGAAAAUCUCUAUGUUUACAAUUUUUUCUUGGAGUGAAUUAAGUUCUAUUUUGAAUGGCUUGUAAAAUAUAUCAUUCAUUUAUCUUCCCACCAGCAUAGGUUUUAUGAUUAGGCCAACAGAUAGUCCCAACAAUUCUAGCAAGAAAAAUGCCCUUUUCUUUUCUUUUUUUUCAGAGACUGAGCUGAAAGGAAAUGGCCAAUAGUUUGUCAUCACAACCAUGCUUUUAAGUCAGUGUUGGAAAUGUUCAGAUCUGUGGACUUCAGCUCCUCAUCCUGGCUGAGGAAUUCUGGGAGUUGAAGUCCACACAUCUUAAAGCUGCCUAAUUAAAAAAAAAAGUUCUAAGUAACCAUAAAAGAAAUAAUAAUUUGAAAAUAUUGACAUGGCAACAAUUAUUUCCAUGUUAGUUUUCACUAUAGUGAGAUAUUUUCAAAAUAGUGAAGUAUAUAAUUACUACUAUUCAAUUUAUAACAGGAGCUUCAUUUAUUUAUGAUUAGUUGAAAAACAGCUGCCUAAAAAAAAAAGUGCUGUUUUGACUUAGUAGGCAACUGAGUUUGACUUUGUCUUUGUCUCAGCAGGCCUUCUGUUCCCUUACCUUUAACAUUGUGAAUAUUAUUUUCUCUCUGCCUCUCCAAGACUUGGGUUCUUAACUAGUUAAUAGCAGUAGCCAGACUCCCAGAUCUGGACUCUAUCUCUUAUCUAGCAGUCAGCUGAAUUUUGGUAGCACUAAGCCGUUAACAACCAAAUAAAUCAGUAAAUGUCUCCCAAAGCCCACCACCUACCUUCAUCCACCUUUCCUACAUAUAAAUUUCAGGAAACAUGGCAGCAUGGAAGAUGGUGUGGAAACAAAACUGCCCCUUAAUUUGAAAUAAAAAUAGAGGCCAACCCUUUCCAGCGAAGAUAGAAAAUGAAAGCUUUACAAAUGACACUUAGAGGCAUUUCGAUGAUGCUUUUAACGAACAAAAUGAAACAUUUCGCUAUUUCUUGUACUUUGCAUGCCUUUUUACAGGAAAAAUGAAACCCGUGUUAUUUCGUAAACUUUUGAGUAUUGCUGAAAUGGAUCUUUAUGUAAUACCUAGAAAUAUCAACUGUUUGGGUUUGUGGUUGAUUUUUUUUUAAAAUAAAGUUGGGGUGGGGUGGGUGACUUAAUAUGUUAUUGUUUACAUUUUGGAGUUGACUUGUGAUAAAUUGUUAUGAAAAGUGUAAAAAGGUACAAGAAACUAAAAAUGGGGAAAAAGGAUGUGUGACAUGGCCCAAUGGAAAGGCAGAAAGUUUACACAAAUACAAGAACCCUGUCAGGUUCACUUGUUAUAUGCUGCGGAAGUCUGACAAUCCAAACUGCACAUCUGAAUGGCAUCAUGAAGACAGAAUCAACUUUGGAACAGUGGCAAUACCUGUUAAUAUAUCAUGACAUAAAAGCCAGCUUGAAGAAACAGUGAAAUUGAUUCUUCUUAAACCUGUAUAAUUUUUUUUUUGAACGAUAGAGAAAACAUGUUGAAAAUGACCUGGAAGGCAUCACCUACUUGCCUUCCAAGAACAGAAAUAAGAAGCUUGAGGAUUUAUUUAUUUUUUUGGCAGUCUCUCUGUUUUUUGUUCCUUUUUAUUUUUUUAGCUUUAAGAGUCUUUACUCUUUGGUGUGAGAUUAACUACCAUACACUUCUACUACCAGGGGAAUGAACUUAUAAAUGGCACUUCCUUCAUUUGCAUGACAUCUAACUUUAUAAACCGCUAUAUGUAUUUCAAAGCAAACAAACAAACAAUGCUUGUUUAGGAACAAUUACAACAGAAAAUGGAUAAGCUUACUAUAUACAUUUUGAAUGAUGUAGUUUUACCUUUUCCGUAAAAUGCUUUGCUUUGCUUUCCAUCUUCUAAGAAAUGUGAAUACAUGAUGCUAUAAAACUAUGUUUGCAAAAUGCAAGAAUAAUUUCCCACUGGAGCAGGGGGAAGUGAUGAUAAUUACAGGGCGCCUACUUGACAGGAUUUGAUUGCCUUAAAUAGAAGUUUACUUUUUUACAUGGAACAAAGUAGAAAUAUACCAUUUACACAAAACUGAUAACAUAAUUGGAUGAUUCAGUGCUCCAUUGGAGCUGUGAAGAAUUAUAUUGAGAUUAUUUAAGUUGGGAAGGGCUUUUAGAGUUCAAGAGGUAUUGUAUGAAUGUAUGGAUCUGAAUACAUGUUCAUAUUUAAACUACUUGGAUUUCAGAACAUUUGGGGGGCUUCUUUACACAAUUCUAUCCUGAUAUUUCACAUUAACAUGGCCCUCACUAUCAUGGACACCUAUUUUUGAAGGGUCAUUCUCUCACAUAAUAUAAUUUUAUAUUGAGCAUCACUAAGCCUUCUACUCAGCCCUGGAUUCCAAGGAAGAAAUGGAUCUUCUUUUGAGCUUGAAUCUCCUUUUAACUUGUUCAUCCUUAAAUAACUGUCUAGAGACCUACUCUGGUGCUCUUUCCUUAUGAAAAUCUCAGUUUUCAUGAGGUAAUACAUCUUAAACACUUUCAGUGUUGUUAAACCUUGACAGCCUAUCUUGUCUGAGUUUUCACUUGUUUUCACUACCCAUGUUUUCUAUCAAGAGUUGCCAUCUUAUGGCAACUUAAACACUGCAUUUUGUAAUAUUUUAUAGCUUCUAUCAUCAUUUUGAACAAUGCUUUGAUAAGCUAAGAGAAGCUGGAGUCUAGAGGAAGCUGAGUUGAGUUUUUAGUCUUCCAGUAAAAAAAAAACCCUGACAGACUGAAAUGUAUUUCAACUCCUUUGAGUUUUGCCUGUUGCAUCUGACAUAAGCACCUGCACUUUAAACCUACGGAUUGCAUUGCCAUUUCUAAAACUUUUUUUUUUCUUACCUAAGGAAGCAUUUAUAGCCACAUUACUAUCCAUUGCUAUACUUGUUUCUCUUCUACAUUUUCUGUCCUUACUUUUUCAGAUUUUUAGCAUUUAUAAUGGCUCAUUUCUAAUGAUUCCAAACAUCUGCAAAGAAAUUGUCAACAAAAUAAAAAGCAUUCUUAUUAUUUAUUUUGUACUGCUAGAGCUCAUAGUCAUAAUUAAUACUACCUUUGAAGACUGACCUGUUUUCAUAGAUUAGACAACCCAGUACCUUUCUUGAUUGUAACAUAAACCAUGUGGGGAAGAAGUAGCUUACAUACUGUACAUCAUUUUAUCCUGUAAAAAGAACCAUUUCUAUUUUUAUUUGAAUUAUUUUGGCAGGGAGAGGGAAAUGAUUUCAGUGUCUAAUGGAUUGCUAACUUUUUCCAACACAAUAUCUUUGUUAAUGUUUGGACAGCAUCUCAUAACAUUUCUAUGUUUUUCCUUUGUCGUCAUCUUUUUUUAUUCCUUCUAACAAAAUUUACAGCUUGUUUAUAUUUCUUUCUACCCAUUCCCCAAGAAAUGUCAUUGAUUUUUUUUCUCUACUUUUCUUUAAAGCGGGGUGGGGGAGUGAUUUUUAUAAUCUAACAAAAAUUGUCCCAUACAGAAAUAUCAGACCAGAUACGACUUUCUGGAUGUUACAUCAAAGUAAUGGAAGCAUAUUCAAUUAAAAGUAAAAAUAGCAAACAUUUUGAGCAAAAAAGCAAUUCAUGCAUUUAUAGUUAAGAAACAACAUGCAGCAAAAGCAUCAUAAAUGAAAGGAUAGCGACACUCUAAUUCAAAAUCAAAUCUCGUCCAUAAACUGCAAUGCAUGAGGUCUUGUCUGGACAUUACCCUUUAUAAAACUAGGAAACCAGGGCUGAUGUGUGCUCUGUCUAUUGAUAUUUUUAUAUAGCAGUAUGGAGAUAUCUCUUUCUCUAAAGAUUUUCUAAAUAAAUCAAUGUAUCUAUUUUAGCUCUAGUAAAUUGGACGAGAUGAAAAAAGGCUACUCCAGGUGAAAUAGUUUGUGAAUUCAGAAACUAAUUUUAAAAGAAUAAUGGAAGAAUAUUUUCUGCUGCACUAUACAUUUACCGAUUCGUUAUUUUGCAAAUCAACUUAUUCCUGGCUCUAGAAAAUAAACAUGUUUUUUUUUUUAAAUUUCAUAGCAGAUCUUAUGACAUUGUUCAGUAUCAAUUAGGCUGGUGAGAUUAUUUCCCCCCUCUAAACAAAUGGAGAUUCCAAAUGAAGAUUCCAUUAACUUGGCUUCCUGAAUGGCUGGGCAUACAGGCUUCUGUUUUUUCCUCCCAGUUAUCUUCCAUAUUUUCUGUUUUAUUGGGAUUGGUUUACUUCCUUCUCUUCAGUUCUUGCAUGGCUGCAAACAAGCCACAUUUUGACUUUUUUCUGCCCUAAAAUAAAAUUUGUGGGAAACAGUUCGGGAUUUUCAUUUUCUAAGUGUUGCACAAUUUUAUGACUUUUUAACUUUAGGGGGAAGUAACAGGAAAAAAGUUAAAUGGAACUAUGUGUAUAUAUAAAUAUAUAUUAUAUAAAUAACAAACACACAAUAUAUAUGUAUAUAUAUAUAUGAAAUACCUUUGAAAAUAUUUAUUUCACAUGAAUGCAAAAAGCAAAAGCAAACCUAAAAAAAAGCGGCUUUGUAAUGUAAGCAAAUAAAAACUUCAGAGAGUU